AUUCGAUCGGCGUGAUAUCGUUUCGGUGCAUUUCUUUUUCGUUCGAUGUAAGUUAUGGAAAAUAAAGUGCGAUCAACGACAUAAUGCCAUUCGAGCUCGUACUCCUCAUACUCUCAACAAGAUUCGUACCGGUAGCAAAAAGUUAAGUUGACGACUGGUCAACCACAAUACUUGCGAAUAACAAACUGAACCUGAACAUUUGGAUCAUUGCGAAACUUGACAAAAGCAACAGGUCAUAAAGAAGUCAAUAAAUCACAAUUACUACAAUGGGAGAUUCUGCUUAUAGCUUUUCACUGACAACUUUUUCUCGAACUGGAAAAUUGCUUCAGAUCGAAUAUGCCCUGAAUGCGGUUGCAAAUGGUCGCACCUCACUCGGAAUCUGCGCCAAAGACGGCGUUGUGAUCGCCACUGACAAGAAGUUGACUUCGGAACUCGUAGAUAUCUCGGAUGUACACAAGGUCGAACUUUUGACUCCGUCAUGCGGAGUUUGUUAUGCAGGUGUAGGGCCGGAUUUUCGUGUGUUAGGUGAGCUUUGUCGAAGUGAUCGUGGUUCUAUGACAAAACCCAUACAUUCAUCUGUUUCAUGUUCAUGUUUUCUGGGGCGUUUGGUGUAGACGACUACAAAACUUGCAUUUUACUCAUGUCCGAAUUUUCAUUUUGAAUUCUCCCCUAACCUUCUUUUGUUGCCUGCAGUCCACCAAGCUCGGAAAUCUUCUCAAGUAUACCUGCGGCAGUAUGGUGAGGUUCAACCUGUGUCGCAGCUUGUCAAACGUUCAGCUGGUGUCAUGCAAGAAUACACACAACGUGGAGGAGUUAGACCGUUUGGAAUUUCUCUUUUAAUUGGAGGCAUCGAUGGGGAUGGGACACCUAGGCUGUAUCAAGUUGAUCCGUCAGGCACUUAUUUUUCUUGGAAGGCUACAGCGAUUGGUAAGAAUCAUGUCAAUGCAAAGAACUUUCUUGAGAAACGAUACACGGAGGACAUGGAAUUGGAGGAUGCCAUUCACACUGCUCUAUUGACGCUACGAGAGGGAUUUGAGGGUGAAAUGAAUUCGGAAAACAUCGAAGUUGGCGUAGUUCGAAAUGGAAAGUUCAGUGUCUUGACUCCGGAGCAAAUCCAAGAUUACUUAGACGAAGCGAACUAAGAAUAACACACAUAGAUACACGCACGAACUCUAAAUUCUUUACUAUAAAUAUCUAAAUCAUCU